AUGUCGCAAUCCGGAGCAACCGUCAACGAGGAGUGCGUCUCCACCUGGAACGACCUCAAGCUCAGCAAGAAGCACAAGUACAUCAUCUUCAAGCUGUCGGACGACCUUAAGGAGAUUGUCGUCGAGCACACGAGCGACAACAAGGACUGGGAGGAGUUCCGCAACAGACUCGUCAACGCCAAGACUGUUUCCAAGACCGGCCAGGAGGGCAUCGGCCCCCGAUACGCUGUCUACGACUUCGAGUACAGCCUCUCGUCUGGUGAGGGUGACCGGAACAAGCUGACCUUCAUUGCCUGGUCUCCUGACGAUGCCGGAAUCAAGUCCAAGAUGGUGUACGCCUCGUCCAAGGACGCCCUGAAGCGGGCACUGAGCGGCAUCGCCGUCGAGAUCCAAGCCAACGACGCCGACGACAUCGAGCACGACUCCAUCCUGGCCAAGGUCAGCAAGGGCAUGGCCGGCUAA